AUGUCCCUUUCUCCCAACCUAACGAUCAAGAACAAGACUCAGUCAUGCGCCGAAUGCCGACGCCGCCGGAUUCGCUGUGAUGGACAAGUUAUUCCAUGUAGCCAAUGUGUCUACUAUCAAGUCCCAGAGCUCUGCCACUACCCGGCGCGUAAGACACGCAAAGCACCAUCUGUAAAAGAGUAUGCCGACGUGUCCAAUGCAUACGAAAGAGGACGAGGCAUUCUCAACAGGCUCUUCCCGAAACACUCCUUGGAGGACCUCGAACAUCUCUCGUGCGACCAACUUCUCGCUCUGCUUCCCGAUGCAUCUCUCCAAGUGCCUUCUUCAUCCUCCCCCUCCCUUUCCCCUGCACAGCCAUCAGCGCAGCUUGCCGAGGCGCUAUGCGUGGCGGGCGCCUGCGACUCCCAAACUGCCACCAUUCUAGAUUUAGAACCAUCCCCGGAUCAGGAUUUCGAGUGGAAUGAGACCGAAGACGACCACAUUCAUCGACAAUUCUCCGAAGACGACGUCAAUGGUCUUUCUGUGUUGUUCGAGACGGGCAAGCAUUCGUACCUUGGCAUCUCUUCUGUUCCAACCAUUAUGCGUGUCAUGGUUCACAGCUCUUCCCAGCUUCGAAAGGCGAUCCAGAAGAGGCAAGAGACACAGUCGCUGCGACCUCGUCCAUAUCGAACUACAACUCCCAACACGAUAGACCGCUGCACCCGGCCGAUCAUCAACGACGAGGCAUCCUUAGUAGACGCCUACUUUCGGACCGUACACGGCAUCACCCCGAUGAUUGACGAACCGGGAUUCCGGCAGUGCCGGGCGCAGGGUGGUGGGUUGGGCCGGGCUCGCGGGCCGUGGCUCGCCCUCUACAACAUGGUGCUGACGCUCGGCUACAUCGCCGCCAACGACGACAGCCAGCCGGGGCAUGGUAUCUACUUCUCUCGCGCUUCAAGGCAUCUCGAUAUGAGCUGCUUUGCUUCGGGGCACAUCUACACCCUUCAAGCUCUAGCUCUAUAUAGCGGCUACUACCUACACUACCUGAACCGGCCGAACAUGGCCAGCGCCAUCAUGGGUGCCGCUCAUCGCAUGGCCGUCGCCAUGGGGCUACAUCAAGUCCCCCCUAGCAGUAGGGCCUCGUCAGGCCCCAGCAGCAACGUAGAUGCGCGAGCUAGAACGUGGUGGUCACUCUUUUGCCUCGAUGUAUGGGCGGGCACCACUCUGGGACGACCUAUAGGAGGUAUGUGGGAUGUUGAGAGCAUGACUUCGUCGCCAAUGCAUCUUGGGACUGAUCUUGAUUAUCAAUCCAUCUCGAUACGGACCAGCGCCUCAUUCUGCAGGAUAGCUGCCCGCAUACAGGAUCGCAUGGCCCGGCUCCCCUUGAUGCUCCUUGAUGAAUUGAAGCAGUUUGACCAAGAGCUUCUUGCAUGGCACGCUGACGUCCAUCCAAUCUUUCGAGACCCGAAGCAUAGCCCAGAGCUUAUCCGCCUCGCAUCCCUCAUCCUUCAAUACCGGUACCUAGACCAGCGCAUGACGCUUUAUCGACCUUAUCUGCUCCUUCGAUCCCUCAGCGCGAGUAGUCGCAGCGAGCACUCAACCCGUAACGACACCGCGGCCAUUGCCGACACAUGCGUUACGAUUGCUCGUGAGACGAUAGAGCUCAUCAAGGGCAAUUGGUACCCUAAUCAAUUGGUGGCGUGGAAUUCGAGCUGGUUUCUGUUCCAGGCGGUUCUCGUUGUCUUGCUCGGGCUAAGCUCUGCGACACCUGAGACCGACGUCCAGCCUCUUGAGCGUGACAUUGAAGAAUCGCUCAGGCUAUUCAACGAGAUGUGCAGGUGGAGGGGUCCCGCAGCGCACACUCACGACCUGAUACAGUUUAUAUACGAAUCGAGGGCCCUUGAAGAACAUGACCUGGGGGUGGAGGAGCUGCUCUCGGAUGAAGCGCUAAUGAUUUUGCUGGGGUUUGAGCCGAAUAGUAAGCUCGCCUGGGCUGGUUUGUUUGACGGCGAGCAAGGGAGCAAUGAGUCGGGCAUGUUUGGCUUUAGUUUGUAA